AUCAAAAAGCUAGUGGUUGUACGAGGUCACUCUAGUAUAUAAGACGCGAUUGGGAAUCAUCUUCAUAGUGAACCUGUCUGCUCGCUUGUGAAUAUGGCUAAGUUACUGAUCGUUGCGUUAGCUCUCGUCGCUGUGGCUGCAGCGUAUCCAGGUUACGGAGUUGGAGGGGGCUCGGUGCAUGGCGGUGCAGGAAGUGGUUUUGGAGGCCAUGGAAGCCACGGCGGUCACGAGGUUGAAGGUGUCUUUGGAAAACCCGAGGGAGGACACGGUCAAGGAAGUCAUGGCCAUGGUAACAUUGGAGGGCACGGUCAAGUAGGAUCUGUGGGUGGACAUGAGUUUGGUAGCCACGGUGAAGGAAACUUCGGAGGCCACGGUCAUGGUAGCCAAGGUGAAGGAAGCUUCGGAGGACAUGAAAGUGGACACGGACACGGACAUGGAAGCCAAAACCACGGAAGCGGCCACGGUCACGGAAGCUAUGAUCAUGGUCAUGGUGACUUCGAAGGACAUGGACAUGGUGACUUCGGUAGUCAUGAAGGCGGCUUCGACUUUGAAGGGGGCCACGGCCAUGGUGACUUCGGUGGUCACGGACAUGGAAGCCAUGGUGACUUCAGCGGUCACGGCCAUGGGAGCCACGGUCACCAUUACUGAGAUAAACUAAAUUAAAUUUACAUUAAUUGAAACAUACGUACAUACUCGACCUCCUAAUAAAUUUUAACAUUUUGUGAAUUUUUAAAGCGUCAAGUAUUAUUGUAAGUUACGGGACUGAUAAAGUAAUAAAAAAAUAAAAUAAAAUGUAACAAAAAAAAAUAACUCUUUUAUUAUUUAUGAAAAUUAAAUGGCGAUCUUGACGGUCAAAACCCAGUUAUAGAUAAAUAAUUGAAUUAAUAAUUUGGUGAUAAAUAUGAAAAUAAAAGCUCGCCUAGUCCA